GCCAUGGCGGUGCCGCCGCCGCCGCCGCCGGGCCCCGAGCAGGCCCCGCGGUACCAGGAGUGGAUCCUGGACACCAUCGACUCGCUGCGUUCGCGCAAGGCGCGGCCGGACCUGGAGCGCAUCUGCCGCAUGGUGCGGCGGCGGCACGGCCCCGAGCCCGAGCGCACCCGUGCCGAGCUGGAGAAGCUGAUCCAGCAGCGCGCCGUGCUCCGCGUCUCCUACAAGGGCAGCAUCUCGUACCGCAACGCCGCCCGCGUGCAGCCGCCGCGCCGCCCGCCGCCGCCCGCCCGCCGCCCGCCGCCCGUCAGCCUCCGCGACACCGCGCGGCUGCUCGGCGGCGACGGCCGCCUCACCCGCGGCCGCCUCCAGGGGGGCGGCGGGGCCCGGCCCGAGCGCACCCGGCUGGGCGCCAUCGCCACGGCCCGCGGGGAGCGCGGGAGAGCGGCCGCGGGGAGGGCGCGGAAGCCCCCCUGCAGCAGCAGCGAGGCCUCGGCGCGGGAGGAGGAGGAGGAGGAGGAGGAUGAGGACGAAGACGACGAGGACGGGACGGGCUCGGAGGCCUCGGAGGACGCGGGGCCGCCCCGGCAGCUGAACGGGGAGGGCCGGGGGGGGCCCCCCCUGCGCCCCCCGGGGCAGCCGCCCCCCGAGCGCCCCCCCCAGGCCAAGGCCUGCGCCCCGGGGGAGGGCGGCUGCCAGCACCUGGCCCCCCUGAAAAAGGAGGGGGCCUUCGGGCAGCCCGACAGAGCAGUGUCCCCAGCGCUGGCAGGGGCCGAGCCCUCGGUGCCGCUGUCCCCAGGCCGGCCGGGCCCCCAGGCUGCUGAGGGAGCUCCAUUCAGCUGCACGCCCGGGCGCAAGGACAAGGCUGUGGACCCGGUGGAGUGGUCGGUGCGGGGUGUCGAGUAUUUCACCGAGGCCGGGUUCCCCGAGCAGGCCGGGGCCUUCCAGGAGCAGGAGAUCGAUGGCAAGUCGCUGCUGCUGAUGCAGAGGGCCGAUGUGCUCACGGGCCUCUCCAUCCGCCUGGGCCCCGCGCUCAAGAUCUACGAGUACCACGUGAAGCUGCUGCAGCGCAGCCACUUCCAGGACGAGGAGCCCCCCCCGGAGCCCUUUCCGGCCUGAGAGACCCCCGGGGACACGGGGGGACCCCCAGGGACACCCCCAAACCGGGGGGACACCCCCAGACCCGCGGGGACAGCCCGGGAUCCGGGAGGGCUCCUCCCUCCCCCGCUGCUGCACACUGAGACUUUGGGGAGUGGGUGAGCCUCGGGGGGGUCUCACCCCGUUUUUGGGGAGCCCCACUUGUCUUUGGGGUGCCCACCUCUCUUUGGGGGCUCCCACACCUUUCUGGGGGGUCCCACCGCUCUUUGGGAGGGUCCCAUCCCUAUUUAGGGUGGCCUUGCCUCUCUUUAGGGUCCCACCUCUAAUCGGGGGGGUCCUGCUCUCAUUUGAGGGGUCCCACCUCGCUCUGAGGGAGUCUCAUCUCUGUUUCGGGGGGGUCCCACCCCUCUCGGUGGGGUCUCUCUUUUGGGGGGCACCCUUCUUUGGGAGGGCUCACCUGUGAUCGGGGGAGCUUCUCUUUAGGGGGUCAUUUCUCCUUUGGGGGGGUCCACCCCCUCUUUUGGGGGGCUUCUCCUUGGGGACCCCUCUUUUGGGGGGGUCACUUCUCUUUAGAGGGGUCCUCCCUUCUCUUUUGGGGAGGUUCCCCUCUUUAGGGGGGAUCCCACUCUCUGAAGGAGUCACCCCUCUUUUAGGGGGGGUCACCUCUC